CACAAAAAGCCUCUCGUCAGUGAAGGAAAGCCCCGUUCUGGCAGCUCCUUCAGUGAAGCACAGCCUCUCCUCCGCUCAUGUUAUUGAGGAGAAGAGGAGCGGAGCGGAGGCGACGGAACCGCGUCAUGGCGCGGCUUUAGGACAAACACAGCACGAGCUCCUCUGAAACACACACCGGCGGGAGUCUAUUAGUGACGGCGGGCGACAGUGCGAUCAUGCGGUGCGCGGGCAGCAGAAUCUGAACGCGUCUGCCGUUAUAAAGAUGUCCGCGGAACAGCAGCGCGACGCGACGCGGGCCGAGGUGCAGCGCCUGUCCCGGGAGCUGGCCGAGACCACGCGGGAGAAGAUCCAGGCGGCGGAGUACGGGCUCGCGGUGCUGGAGGAGAAGCAGCAGCUGAAGCAGCAGUACGACGAGCUGGAGGCGGAGCACGAGAGCGUCCGCCAGGAGCUGGAGCAGCUCAGAGAGGCGUUUGGACAGGCCCACUCCAACCACAAGAAGGUGGCAGCUGACGGCGAGAGCCGCGAGGAGUCGCUGAUCCAGGAAUCUGCCUGUAAGGAGGCGUAUUACGAGCAGCGCAUGCAAGAGCUGCAGACCGAGCUGCGACAAGCACGUAACAUGCUGACCAACGUCCAGUCCGAGAACGAUCGGCUCGCCACCAUCUCUCAGGAACUCAGAGAGGGCAGUCAGAUGGUGGAGCUGCAGAGGUCUCGUCUGCGCGACGACAUCAAGGAGUUCAAGUUCAGAGAGGCUCGUCUGCUGCAGGACUACAGCGAGCUCGAGGAGGAGAACAUCACCCUGCAGAAGCACGUGUCUGUCUUAAAGCAGAGCCAGGUGGAGUUUGAGGGUCUGAAACACGAAAUCCGGCGUCUGGAGGAAGAUACCCAGUUUCUGAACAGCCAGCUGGAAGACGCCAUCCGUCUGAAGGAGAUCGCUGAGAGGCAGCUGGGGGAGGCGCUGGAAACCAUCAAGACUGAGAGGGAACAGAAGGCCGCCUUGAGAAAGGAGUUGUCUCAGUACAUGACCAUCGGAGACUCGAUGUAUCACAGUCCUCUGAGCAUCUCCCUCGAUGGGCUGAAGUUCAGCGACGACACCUCACUCGAGCCCAACAACGACGAACCCCUCCAGGUCUACGAGAAUGGCUUUGACAAGAUCGACAGCAAUGACAACCGUGUUUCCACGCCCAAGAAAGGAGAGCUGUUCCACCCUUCCUCCAGCCUCGUGGACAAUCUGCUGAAUGAGCUCAACAUCUCCGAGAUCCAGAAGCUCAAACAACAGCUGCUGCAGGUGGAGCGGGAGAAGGUGACGCUGCUGUCGACCCUGCAGGAGUCUCAGAAGCAGCUGGAGCAGGCUCACGGAGCGCUGUCUGAGCAGCACGAGAAGGUCAGCCGUCUCACCGAGAACCUCAACGCCGUCCGCAAACUCCAGGCCAGCAAAGAGCGCCAGUCCGCUCUGGACAACGAGAAAGAUCGCGACAGCCACGAGGACAGUGAGUACUAUGAGGUGGACAUCAACGGCCCCGAGAUCCUGGAGUGCAAGUACAAGGUCGCUGUGUCUGAGGCGAGUCAACUAAAGGAGGAGCUCAAAACAUUAACAGCCGAACAUUCAGCGUGUCAGUCUCAGUAUAAGGAGGAGCGGGCGCAGCUGGAGUGCCAGGUUGCAUCUUUAGGUGCGCAGGUGACUUCUCUGGAGCGCAGCAGCAGAGUCGAGCGCGAGCAGCUGGCGCGGCUGGAGAAAGAGCUACGGCAAGCCAGCGAAGUGGCAGGCGAAUCCCAGGGCAGCCUUAACAUCGCACAGGACGAGCUUGCCACCUUCAGCGAGGAGCUGGCCAACCUCUACCAUCACGUGUGCAUGUGCAACAACGAAACGCCCAACCGCAUCAUGCUCGACUUCUACCGCGAAGGUAAGGCUGGCGUUACUCAGACCUCAGGGACUGACGGUCGCGGCCGCCGCUCGCCCAUCCUCCUGACCCGAGGACUCUUCCCCAGCGACGGAGCGUCGUCUCCGGUCUCCUCCGUCCCGUCCCCGGUGGCUGAUCCCCGCAAAGAGCCCAUGAACAUCUAUAACCUGGUGGCUAUCAUCCGUGACCAGAUCAGACACCUGCAGCUAGCGGUGGACCGCACCACCGAGCUCUCGCGCCAGCGCAUGGCUUCCCUGGAGCUGGGCCUCGGGGCGGACCGAGACCAGGAGGCCAGCGUGGAGGAGAUCCUCAAACUCAAAUCACUCCUCAGCACCAAGAGGGAGCAGAUAGCCACACUGAGAACCGUCCUGAAGGCCAACAAGCAGACCGCUGAGGUGGCCCUGGCCAACCUGAAGAGCAAAUACGAGAACGAGAAGGCCAUGGUGACUGAAACCAUGAUGAAGCUUCGCAAUGAGCUCAAAGCCCUUAAAGAGGACGCAGCCACUUUCUCCUCGCUCAGGGCCAUGUUUGCCACGCGCUGUGACGAGUAUGUGACUCAGUUGGAUGAGAUGCAGAGGCAGCUGGCUGCUGCGGAGGAUGAGAAGAAGACACUGAACUCCCUCCUCCGUAUGGCCAUCCAGCAGAAGCUGGCGCUCACCCAACGCCUGGAGGAUCUGGAGUUCGACCACGAGCAGACCCGCCGCGGCGGAGCCAAUGGCCGCUCUAAGACCGCCUCCUCACGCGGGAAACCCACCCACUCCCACGUAAGUCACCCGGCCGCCGCCACCUGCGGGGGUCGAGCAGAGCCCAACGGCCUCCUGGGAACGCCGGUGGUGUUCUGCAGCGAGAAGUACAAGAUCUACUGCGACUGAAGCUGCGUGAGCCUCAUCAGCCGUUGUACAAAGCUCCACUCUCGCGCUCUCUUGCUUGCUGUGUGCUAACCUGUGUCCGUGUGUUUAGGGCUAAAUAUGGUCAUGCCUGCUAGCAUCCUCGUAGCCAGGUGCAUGUUGUAGUGCUAGCUAAGGGCAGAAUGAAAUAACUUUUAGUCUUAUAGGUGAAGUGUAUUUCUGCUAGCGGCACCAAACCCAAUUGCACAAUUUUACAGCUCAAGGCAGCGUUUUUAGAUUAGACGUGAAUGAGAGUGCUAGCCAUAGGAUUGUUGAAUUGUGGUCACAAGUCAAUAGCCAUUUGCCCGUUUUCCUCUGUCCAUCUCUCUCCUGCCUCUGAAAUCAGCAGCCCGUCCAAUCAGGUAACUCGUGUUUACAUGCCUGAUCAAACUAAAUAUGCAAAUCUCCUCCCUGCCUUGUUGAUAUGCAGGAAAACUCCUAGAAGUAUGCCAUUUUUGUUUUGCUUUUGCAAGAAAACAGAAAUAACAUCAAAAACGAAAACUUGACGGGUUGGAGAGUGUGUGUGUGUUUUAACAAUGUCACUCGUGAGGCAGGCGGGAACGACGCGUGUUCAUAAAUCAGAAUGUGCCACGAACCCAGUGGGCUUCUGGCUUGCUUUUUCAUUAGAUGUCUGGCUGCAGAACUGAGAGCUUUAAUAUGUCUUAGACUCGAUUACGUUUACUUGAGCACACACGGCUUUACAUGGUGAAGUCAUGGUGAAGGGCUUGCCACGUGCUGUCAACAUAUUUCCAUUGCAGAUGAAACAUUAGAGAGGCCUUAUCUGUCGUUUCUGUGCUCUAAAUAGCGUGGCCGUCUCAUUUCAAGACGAGAAGGACAAACCAAAUUACUCUUUUUGGCAAACAAAAGACUCAAAGUUUCAGGCUUUCCUUCUCUGGCUUGCUUAAAACAUCCUGAAUCAGCUUUUCAUGAUAAUAUCAUUUAUUCCUAGUUACAAUCAACCUUCACAUUUGUAAUCUGUAUAUGAUAUGAAUCUCUAAUCUCCAUAUAGAUUGCAUUCACCGUUUUGUGUUUGCAUCACGUGAAAGAUUGACACAACUGAAGCGGUCGAUGCCGAGCUAGGGUUUUUAGACAAACGGAAAUAAAAGUUCAUAGUCUAUUUGCAAGCUAAUGUCGAUUAAUACAUGAAUUGCUGCAAAUGGGCUAAUGAAUGGCUUCUCUGAAUCGCUGUAUUUUUAAAUAGCAGUGUUAACUAAAAAUUACAUGCAUCUUUCAUGUUAAUUCAGUUAAUCUAGCCAGGUCUGUUCCCAUAUGAUCUAGUGGUUAGGAUUCCUGGUUGUUACCAGGCCGCCUGGGUUCGACUCCCGGUAUGGGAAGGGAUGCCUCCGGCACUGCCCACUCUCAUCACAUUAUUGAUGUUUCUUUUGGAAUUUAAUUGACCAGUCACAGAAAAAGACGAAAUGUCUAGCAAUCAAAAAAAAAGAAAGUUGGUCGGUUGGUAGUUUCGCCAAAUGUUUCUCCAUUGACUGGUCAAAAACGCUGUACAACUCAUUAACUUCACUACUUAUUUGGCUUGACCUGGUGAGGUUGAGGUUUUUAGUUCUUGUGAGAACCUCUGGCUUCCUGCAUCCUGUCCUUCUUUUCCACACUCGCAUCACUUGUGCUGCGUUUGGCUUCUGCUGACUAAUCCGGGUUUUCCAUGGAGUUCUGCUGGAACGCCGCUUGAGCAGCCGCUGCGUGACGUUCAACGCAAUGCUAACGGCUUUUAUUUCUUUGUUUUCCGAUUUUGCAGUAACGUUCAGCCUGAGCUGGAACUCAACAUUGCACCACUGCCUACAAACCCAGUAAACCGUCUUGGAGCUACGAGAUGCAUUUGGGCUCUUUUUACACACACGGGAAGCCAGAGGUCACAAAGUCCUGAAAACUUUAAUGAAUAAAAUUCAACUACAAAUUUUUUUAAAUAAUAAUAAUAUGGGCUAACGUUCUUUUUCCUCAAGACAUUCAUUGAUGUUUUGAGAUUUUAUAAGCUUUGAUCUUUUAAUAUAAAGUCAUAUUGCUUUGUUAUAUUAGUCUAUAGUUUGAGGUGUUCUGGUCUAGGAGUCCGUUCACGUAUUUUACACUACUAUUUUAAGAGUAUUCGUCAUGUAUUCAUAAUCACAUGAUCCAUAUUCUCCAGUGCUGUCAUCUUUAUGAAAUGAAUCCAUAAGAGUAUAUCUGUGUGUUUUACUGAAAUGUUAUGUUUCUCACACUGACACAUUUUUUACGGCCACGUUUUAACGCUGGGCUUUCGUCUAUUUAUUAUCACUGUUAUUUUGUCUAAAUACUAAUAUUUCAAAGUGAACAAAAAAAUAAAUAAAUUGUGGCUUAAUCGAAUCAGAAGACUUUGGUUAAACAAAACCAGCAAAUCGAUAAAAAUCUGAAUGGAUUUUUUCCUAACACUCAACAAUAAGGUUCGAAUAACAACCAAUGCAGCGUUUAUUAAUCUAGUAUCGUUACUUUAUACAGGAAUACGUCUCAUAACGUUGUAUAAACUAACAUUAGAUCAAGCGUGAAUUAACAGUAACCAAGUGAAUAUUAAAAUAUAUUGACAUUAGCCUGGAUGAAUUCAGAGCUGUACCUUAUUGUGAGUGUUUCAAGCACCUUCACUCGAGCUUUCCGUGGGUCACUGAUCUUCUGCAUUCAGUACAAGAGGAAAUGAAUUAAUUCCAAAUUGGAAUGCUGUAGUUCUCUCUGUGUAUCGUGCCAAGUGUGGGUACAACGUUUGGGUUGGCUAAAAGGAUCAGAAGCGCCGAGACGAGGGUCUGCCCUGCUUUACCUUGCCCUCAAUUUGGUUUGUUUUUCGUUUAUGAUCUUCAUUCUGACCAUUAGUGCCUUUUUUGUUCUUUGAAGAGAGAAUCGUUAGUUUAGCGUUUAGUUUUUGUAUUUUAUUUUCCUCACUCCUAAAGGAAGAACAGCAGAUGACUUGUUUUAAACUUAGCAGCAGCAAUAAGUACAGAAGACAUUCGUUCUGUGUUCAAGGGUGUGACGAUAUUAAAUAUUAGAGAAAUAAAACAGAUUGUGCUGAAUUCGGCAGGUCAGUGAUCCAAAUAGCAAAUUCAGGGGUUUUAGAAAAUGUUAUGUUUUUUGUCAAAUGGUUUGAAGCCGGAGUUAUUGUUUGCCUCAAUAUGAACAAAUGUGUUGAGACACGAAACCUGCGCGGUGUUUUGUGUCGGAGACCGGUGGUGUUCUAGCUUUGUAUGGUGAGGUAGCUGAGGUCAUGUGAUAUUGAUAGUAUUGUUAACAAUUGUGAGAAAGCUUGUGUCUUUUUCUGUCCAAUUGUUUUGUUUUUGUUUUUAAUACAUUUUUCACAUGGUUAUUAUAUGAGCAUUACAAAUUCAGGAAACAGAAAACGUGUUGCAUCAACAAGCAGAUAGUGUCACAUUUUGUUUGUUGAGGCGUAAAACUAAUAAAUAGAGUCGGGAAGUGAGGAUAAAACUAAAUAAAGUGCAAUUAAACCAAAAGGACGUUAUGUGGUAACUGAGGUUUUCUGUUUGCUGGAAGUGAUGGCAUUGUGAUAUUCAACUAGCUGUGGAAGCUUAUUAUUGGAAACUCUUCUUAUCGUGUUCCAGUAUUGAUCUAUAAGGACCUAUAAGUUUGAUACCUUUAUAUGAAAUAACAUUCAUUUGUUUGUAUUAAUUUGAAAUGUGGUCAAUACUGAACUUUAUAAUGUGCAUUAUUAUGUCAUAUGCAUGUUUCUUUCAGCUAUGAGACUUGUACACAGAACCGAAAACAAACUUAGAACUCGAAAGACAAAAAAGAAAACAAAAGAAGAGGAGAGAAAUGUUUGGUUUUUAAUUGGUCCUUUACUCUUGAACUAGUGGAGUUGAAGUAUUGUUUUCUAGAGGGUCGUCUGUGUAGAAGUAGUCAUGCUGGCUCAAGUCAGUAAUACAAAUAAAAAGUCACUCGACAUUU